CGCGGGCAGGAUGGGGCCCAGCGAGGCCCGGCAGUCCCAGGGGGUACCCACGGCCCGCCCGCACGCAGGGGGGUCUCAGCGCCCCAGCUGCCAGGUCCCAGGAGCCCUGGGGGUCCCAGAACCCCAAUAUCUGAUCCCACUGGCCUUGGGGAGGGUCUCAGCACCCCAAUACCGGGUCCUACCCACCUUGGGGGUCCCAGCACCCGAAUACCAGGUCUCAGCACCCCAAUACCAGGUCCUAAGAGCCUCGGGGGGGGGUCUCAGCACCCCAGUUCCAGGUCCUAUCCACCUUGGGGGUCCCAGCACCCCAACACCUGAUCCCACUAGCACUGGGGAGGGUCUCAGCACCCCAAUUGCAGGUCCCACCUACUUUGGGGGUCUCAGAACCCCAAUACCAGGUCUCAGCACCCCAAUACCAGGUCCCACCCACCCACAAGGGGUCUCAGCACCCCAAUUCCAGGUCCCAUCCACCUUAGGGGGGGUCUCAGCACCCCAAUUCCAGGUUGCACCAACUUUGGGGGUCUCAGCACCCCAGUGCCAGGUCCCAUCCACCUUGGGGGUCCCAGAACCCCAAUAUCUGAUCCCACUGGCCUUGGGGAGGGCCUCAGCACCCCAAUACCAGGUGCCACCCACUUUAGGGGGGGGCCUCAGCACCCCGACACCCAGAGCCCACUGGCUUUGGGGGUCUUGGCACCCCAAUACCAGGUCACACCAACCUUGGGGGUCCCAGCACCCCAAUUCCCAGAUCCCACCACCUUUUGGGGUCUCAACAUCCCAAUACCAGGUCCCACCCACCUUAGGGGGGGUGCUCAGCACCCCAAUUCCCACCGACCUUGGGGGUCUCAGCACCCCAAUACCUGAUCCCACCAGUCUUGGGGAGGGUCUCAGCACCGCAGUUCCAGGUCUCAGCACCCCAAUACCGGGUCCCACCCGCUUUAGGGGGUCUCAGCACCCCAACACCCAGAUCCCACCAACUUUGGGGGUCUCAGCACCCCAAUCCCAGGUCCCAUCCACCUUGGGGGGGGGGGGUCUCAGCACUCCAAUUCCCAGAUCCCACCCACCUUGGGGGUCCCAACACCCCAGUACCUGA